AACCCAGCGCGCAGUGUUCGCUUAUCGUGUUCGUCUUCUUGUCAUUAUAAAUGCUUAAAUACGCUGCACUAAUUUUGGCAGAGGGGUGUGCACACACUGUGGGAUGACCUUGAGUGUACCGUGGUUUCAUUUUUUUUUUUAACGAAGCCUGACUGGGAGUUUUUGUUGUCUUUUUAGUCGUUAAGAUUUAGAUUAUUCGUUUCAGAAAGCGCUGGCGUGUCGCCAUAAGGGGCAGAAAGAAACAAUGUUUUUAUGUCGAGGAGCCAAGUCUUUUGCUACUUCAUCGUUUAGUUAUUACUUUGCUCGUUCAGUGCAGGUUACAACAAACAAAAUGCAGGUUGCGUUACGUAACUCCAGCAUUAUUUCCUGCUCUCAGGUCCGUCACAGAGGCGCAAAUAAUGACUAUAAUUUAUGCGUGCCUAGUGAAAUGCUACUGCAUACAUCUGUGGGAAGCAACAAAUAUAAGUAUGUCUCGCAUGAUUGGACGGCAUGCAAAUCGGUUUCAAGUCUUGGCUCCAUUUUGCCUUUUUCGUGGAGGAGCGCUUCUCUUAAUACGACCGACCAGCUGAAUCUACCGAACAGCCUUUCUUGCCUUGGUGCCGAUACGCGUAUCAUUCAUUUUUCAACGCAAAAACUUCUAUUAAGUGCUUUAUCCAACGCUCCAAAUCAGAAACAAGCCAACUGGACGCAGGGGGAACCAGUCACAGAGGUUCCGAAGAGCUCACAGGGAGGAGCUGAAAAACCAGACCCUGAGGAAAAGCAAGAUAAAACAAAACAACUGAAGAGAGUUUUCAAGGAAUAUGGGGCUGUUGGCGUUUCAUUUCACGUUGGAAUAUCUCUCAUUUCACUUGGAAUUUUCUACAUUGCUGUGUCUAGCGGGAUCAAUAUGACGGAUGUCCUUUCCAAGCUGGGGUUUAGUGAUACUGUUCUUCAGUCGAAGAUGGCUGCAGGCACUAGCACAUUUGUGCUAGCUUAUGCUAUUCACAAGCUUUUUGCUCCAUUUCGGAUCAGCAUUACUCUUGUGUCUGUACCACUCAUAGUACGAUAUCUUCGGAAAAUAGGACUUUUUAAAUCCUCACAACCUCGUCUUUGAAGAACUAUGUUUUUUAAGGAGUGGACAAAAUUUUUACUAUUUUUGCUGGGGGACUUUCUGUUGUUCUUAGGGAAAGAUCAAGCCUAAAAAUUCCUACUAAGGUGUAUAUAGUAAUUACAGAAAUUAUUACAGAUCUUAAAUAAGUUCAUUACUUUUCUAAAAUAAAUGUGGUGCAAAAGAAAAAUAAAAAUGUUUUGGAAAGACUAA